AUGUUUCAUUCGAGGCAUCAUCCAGCACCAGAAUGGGAGGUCCAUAGAGCCGAGAUUCGCAGGCUCUACAUAGAGGAGGAUUGCACGCUGCGGCAAGUCAUGAUCAUCAUGGGCCAGAAAGGAUUCACGGCUACGACAAAGAUGUACAAGACGAAACUCAAGCAGUGGAAGCUCUUCAAGAACAACCGCGCCGCCGACGUCGCGGCCAUCCUUCGCUCGCAGUCGCAGCGCACGGCGGUCGGGAAGGAGAGUAUUGCCGUGCGCAACGGGAGGCGGAUCGACACUCAGACGUAUCUGAAGAGGAAAGGCGUCAGUGCCGACGAUUUGCUGCAGCUGGCUGCGGCGUUCUCCUCCCAUCCUUCUUCGGCGGAUCUGCCGGGACAUCUGAGAUGCAUCACACCGCCGCCGCCAGAUCCAAUGACUGGCGUCGUGUUUGGGAGCAGUGCUGGGAGGCUGCGGAUCAAGGAGGUUGUAGGUCGCUGGGUCUUGACCGAGUGUGAUAGGCUGGGUGACGCAAUGAUGUCGACCGGUAUGGUCAUUGACUCCGGAAUCGAGUGCGAGCCACCGGAACCAGCAGGGAAGGAGAGACCACUGCUGGUGUACUAUAAAAGUGCGGCCAAUAAGAUCGCGAACCACACAGGGCUGGGCUCUCGCGAACGUCGUGUUCUCGCGGCUGCACAAGCUGCUCGACGACUGCGAGCAUCUGCUAUAUCCUAUACUCAACCUCCUGAUGAUUAUCCUCGUACUCCCGCCGGACAACACGGACCAGAUACACCGCACGCUGUGGAACUACCUGUGCUCCAGCUCACAAGCUUAUUCGGAGAGCCGGAAGAAGACAAGGACGACAAGGACGAGAAGUACGGGCUCUUGCACAGCAUAGUCUUGGACGCCAUGUCGACGCUGCGCUCGAAGGUGGACGAGGACGAACAACCAGGCUCACAAUACCAGACCAGCAGCAGACAAACCUACUACGACCUCGUCUCGCUCUGGUACGCCGAGAGCCUGCGCAGCUACCGGGGUCGUGAUCACAACCACCGCCACUCUUCGCGGCAAGGCUCCCGCCCACAGCUCCACGACCUCGACGAGGAAGACCUGCUCGCGGUCCUCGAAGACUCCGCGUCGGGCCUGCAUGAAGAAGAAGACGGGCAAGGCGGGUGCCACCACCAGCAUGAUGAAGAUGCCGACCUGGCGGGGCUCAGGGCGAUCCAGUCGUACCUGCUCCUGGACCUGGGGCACCAGACGUCGUGGCUCGACCCGUCCAUCUACACGCACAGCGUGGCACUCCUAAACUGGAAGACGCACCAGCAGGCGACGGCGCCCGACGAGACCGAGGUCAACUGCCUGACGGCCAUGGCGCUGUACCACCGAGCGCAGUGCGGCGGCGAGUCGUCGCUCGGGCUCACCAUGGACCCAGACGCCACCGGCCACAGCGACACCAGACGACAUCACCACGACCUGGCGCGCCAUUUCCUCCAGGAAGCCGUGUGGCUUGAUUGGGAGCUUUCGGGCGCGAGCAUCUAUAACUUCGAGGGCCUGCUCCUGCUGCAGGAGUGGUGCGUCGAGGCCGAGGACUGGGUCGGGCUGGAGGUUGUGAGGCGGCGGAGCGAGACGUGCCUGAGCAUAAUGUUUGAGGAGUGGGGUGUAUGA